CUUAUGCCAAUAACAAUAAACAAAUGUAGACGAUGAUGCUCAACGAUAGAAUUCAAAGCCUCUCUGCUCUCAGAGCUGCACUAAGGAACGCCGAGAAACAUAUCUUGAAUCUUCCAGUGGAUACUCCAUAUUCGGAGUUUCACCACAGGUUCCAAGAGCUUGGUUUAGAGAAAGGUUGGGGUGAUACGGCGGAGAGAGUCUAUGAGACCAUUCACCUACUACUUGAUCUCCUUGAGGCACCAGAUCCAACCACCCUCGAGAACUUUCUUGGUAGGAUUCCGAUGGUGUUCAAUGUCGUCAUCCUCUCUCCACAUGGAUACUUUGCUCAAGCCAAUGUUUUGGGUUAUCCCGACACUGGAGGCCAAAUUGUUUACAUCCUGGACCAAGUUCGUGCGCUGGAGGAUGAGAUGCUCCUUAGGAUCAAGCAACAAGGUCUCGAUAUCAAACCUCGUAUACUAAUUGUGACUCGGUUGCUACCAGAUGCAGUGGGGACAACUUGUGGCCAGAGGCUAGAGAAGGUGCUUGGAACUGAGCACACCAGCAUUCUUCGUGUCCCUUUCAGAAAUGAGAACGGGAUACUCCGUAAGUGGAUCUCUCGAUUUGAAGUGUGGCCAUAUCUCGAGACUUUUGCUGAUGAUGUUGCCAAUGAGCUGGCCGGAGAAUUGCAGGGCAGGCCAGAUCUUAUCAUUGGAAACUACAGUGAUGGAAAUCUUGUGGCGACUCUAUUGUCACAUAAACUAGGAGUUACUCAGUGCACUAUUGCCCAUGCUUUGGAAAAAACCAAGUACCCGAACUCCGAUAUCUACUGGAAGAAGUUUGAGGACCAGUAUCAUUUCUCUUGCCAAUUCACAGCUGAUCUGAUUGCUAUGAAUCAUACCGACUUCAUCAUCACCAGUACUUUCCAGGAGAUUGCUGGCAGCAAGGAUACUGUGGGACAAUACGAGUCUCAUACUGCAUUCACUCUUCCUGGACUCUACCGUGUUGUGCAUGGGAUUAACGUAUUUGAUCCGAAGUUCAACAUUGUUUCCCCUGGGGCUGACAUGUCCAUUUACUUCCCUUACUCUGAGAAGAGUAGGAGGCUAACUGCUUUCCACUCAGAGAUCGAAGAAUUACUCUACAACCCUGUUGACAACACCGAGCACAAGGGGUACUUGAAGGAUAAGAGCAAGCCUAUAAUAUUCUCUAUGGCACGGUUGGAUAGGGUGAAGAACAUAACGGGAUUGGUAGAGUGGUAUGGUAAGAAUCGCCGUUUGCAGGAGCUCGUUAACCUUGUCGUAGUGGCUGGAGAUCAUAAGAAGGAAUCUAAGGAUCUUGAGGAGCUGGAGGAGAAAAAGAAAAUGUAUAGGCUCAUUGAGGAGCAUAAGUUGGAAGGUCACAUCCGUUGGAUCUCUGCACAGAUGAACCGGGUCCGUAAUGGGGAGCUUUACCGAUGCAUUGCUGAUACUAAGGGGGCUUUUGUUCAGCCUGCUCUAUAUGAAGCUUUCGGGCUUACCGUGAUUGAAGCUAUGACCUGCGGUCUGCCAAUGUUUGCAACUGUCUAUGGAGGGCCAGCAGAGAUUAUAGUGAAUGGAGUUUCUGGCUACCAUAUUGAUCCUUAUCAGGGGGACAAAGCUUCUGAGCUGAUUGUGAAUUUCUUCGAGAAGUGCAAGCAAGACCCUACCCACUGGGACAAGCUCUCUAAUGGAGGAUUAAGGAGAAUUGAAGAGAAGUACACCUGGAAGAAGUACUCUGAGAGUCUGAUGACUUUAUCUGGUGUCUAUGGCUUCUGGAAGUUCGUCUCUAACUUGGAACGCCGUGAGACUAAGCGCUACCUUGAGAUGUUUUAUGCACUUAAGUACCGCAAUUUGGCAAAAUCCGUUCCUUUGGCUGUUGAUGGAGAAGUUGCCGCCAACGGUGCCAAAAAGUAAAUUUUGAAGGAAAUUGGGGUAAAGCAAAUAAAUGACAUUGUGCAGAGAUCUUCUGUUUUAACUUUUCUUGGAUAAGCAAUCCGAGAUCCGUGGGUUUGUUUUCUGAAUGUAAGGUUUAUGCAUAAGGCUCAAAUGCCAGUUUAUGCUUCUGAACAAUGCUGUCGGUUUAUUUUCAUAAAUAUCUGGUAAAAAUUAAGUUUUAUGUUCGCCAUAUGUGCGUUAUUCUGGAAGAACUUCUAAUAAGUGGUGAAUGCAUUUUUUUCUUCUGGAAA